AGUAUCCAUCCUCGUCCUCUUGUUCAUCUUGCUCUCCUCUCCAUCUCUCCAUCUCUCCAUCUCUCAUCUCUUCAUUGUCGUCUUUACGUCCCCCAUCACUGCCAUCUGCAACGUCUCCUGUACCAUUGUACAAUCAUUCAAUCACUCUCUACACAGGCCGUGGUCACUGGCCCCUCCCUCCACCCUAGACGCGUCUUUGUUCCCUGCCCCACCACACCCUCGACAAGCCUUCAUCUCGCACCCUCCCCAUCAUCCCAUCCAUUUACUCCAUCCACUCCAUCCACUCCAUCCACUUCAUCCACUCCAUCCACUCUUAGCAGCUCUUGCUCCCGGUCGUCACGUAGCAUCCCUCUUCUCGCGCUCUGUACACACCCGUCGCUUGUCGGUCCCAAAUACCACACGCUUGAUCGACGCCCAAUCGCCCUUCCCCACCAAUACCCACCCACCCACACACAUCCCUCCUACCAUGCCCGCCCCGAAGCGGACACGCUCUACUGCUACGGCUGGCGACCUUACAGACAACGAGGAUGUCACCAACAACCACCGCUCCGACGCCGGUUCAACACGCGACCAGGAGUCUUCCCCGGCCACCACUCCCCGCGUCACGCGCAGCAACCCUCUCCGCCGCACCGCUUCGACUUUGCCACUGCGUAAUGUUGACACCCCUCCUGGCCCAACCACGCCCACCCGCCCAACAUUGCGCAGCGCCCGCACGACUCCUUCUACUUCUCCGGGCAUAUCGCGCUCGGCCUCCCUCUUUGGCACGGCCAGACCCCCAAACUACGCCAUUCCCGUCCCACCAUCCUUCGCUGGUCCGAGCACUCGCUCCGGGGGCGGCACAUCCACUCUCGUACGCGCCGCGAGCACAAGUGCCAUUCCUAGCCUCACUGGGCGGUCCAAGCAGAUGGUCAUGGGAGGAGGAAGUGGGCCUCCCUUGGUCAAGGGCAGUGCAGGGGGGGACGACUCAUGUGGCGGAAACAGUGGUCGGCCUUACAAGGGCAAGGAAAACUACCGUCCAGGCGAGGACCCGCUUCUGCCGACCCCGCCCGCAUCAGAGGCAAGUCGCAAGCGCGUGCGCAUGACACCCUCCUCAAGCCGUACUCGAAGCCCCUCUACUGCCAGCGUGCGCAGUGAAAGCAUCGCACCCACCUUCGGCUCCGACUUGAGAACCUCGUCAAGUCUUCCAUCGCCCUCGCCAUCACCUUCGCUCGCUACAUCCAUCAGUACACUCGAUGACAGUGCCACCGACGGCACCCCUACCAAGCAGAGAGCCAAGCAGGCUGUGCCUCUGACGCCGACGCCACCUUUGCCCGACGCGGCCGAGGUUGCUACCCACUUUGAUGAUAUUUCCGCCUGGACGCGCGCAACUGUGCCAUCCGAAACUGUCAAGCGCAGCGCUCCAAACGCGUACCGUGUGCUCAAGCACCGUCUCCGCCUGUCCCCAUCACCAGACGAUAGCGCCAACUUUGCCAUCGUAGGACGCGACCACGAAAAGUCCGUCCUCGGCGCGUACCUCUCCCUUGUGUCGACUAGUGACGCCGGAAUGUACGUUUCGGGACCCCCGGGUACUGGCAAGACGGCCCUCACGACCGCCGUCGGCCGCGAGCUUGCAUCGCAGGGGUGGCAGGUCAUCGAGGUCAGCGUGAUGGGCCUCAAGGCGCAAGAUGUUUGGACGCGUCUCGGAGCCGAGCUCGGCUGCAAGGGCUCUGAGAAGGACGUGACCGCGCACCUGAAAGCCAAGAAGACGCGUACCUUCAUCAUCCUUGACGAGAUCGACUCGCUUCUUCCCCCGCCACCGGCGCUGCCUACGCCUGCGACCUCGCAUGUUCUUUCAAAGUUGUUUUCGCUUCCCCUCCUCUCGUCGCAAGAGUCAACCAUCAAGCUUGUAGCCAUCUCCAACACUCUCGACCUCACUGUCCGCACCAGCAUCGUGAUCAAGGGCAAUGCUAUGCCCCAGGUCUUGCCCUUCAAGGCGUACAUGGCGACUGACAUGAUUGCUAUUGUCAACGCGCGUAUUGCCGCUCUGGGUGACGGGCCUGAGGCGGUCAAGGUCGACGCAAAGGCAGUCGAACUGCUCUGUCGCAAGGUUGAGGUCCAGAACGGAGAUCUGCGCAUGUGUCUGGGCGUUCUCACUUCUGCGGCAGGGCUCGCCGAGGCUGACUGGGUCAAGAAGGGGUCGUCGCCCACGGCGCUCGUCAAGGUCUCACUCCCGCAUAUCCUCAAGGCGUUCUCUUCACACAACAAGCAGCUCCGCGCCGCUGCCGGUACCACCUCAACUGGUGCCUCUAACCCUACCGUCAACAAGAUUCGCUCGGUACCUCUCAAUGGCCGCCUUGUGCUCGUGUCGAUGCUCGUCUGGUCCAUGCGCACUAGGGUCGGUCUGGCCGGCUGCCCUGCCAAGGGCGCGAGCCUUGAGCUUCUAACCCCCUCUGCGCUGUACGCCACGUACUCGUACCUUCUCAACGACCCCUCGUCGCAGAUCCAGCCGCUGCCCGAAAGCGACUAUCACGAUCUUCUCAAUAAUCUGGAGACUCUGGGGCUUGUGUCGCUCCCCAAGGUUCGCGGCAACAUCCGGGUCGAGCUCUGUGCUCGCGAGAACGAGGUACACAGCGGCCUUUCACUCUCGGCGACUGUCAAGGCUGUGGGCGAGCAGGUUGUGGCGGAGGUUUAUGCUCGUGAGGAAGCAAAAGUCGCGCGUGUCUGUGCGCGCGCCCAGGCGGCCGUUGAGCGCGCAGAGCACGGUCUGCCCAUGGAGAUGGAGUAGGGAGAGAAGAUGAAAGGAAGACAUUCAGCAGCCGUAAAAUCGGAAGAGACGUCGUAGAUAGCCUUCGUAGCUGUGCACACGGGCUUGGGCGCGUGUGGCAGUUUGACAACAUGCAUGCAUUGCAGUAGCACUUUG